CAAUUAAAAAUCAUUUACCUGGGCCUCUGUCUGUAGCAGAGUUUAUUGGCAGGCUCAGUAGAGUCCCAGGCAUCCAGGAACAAAAAUGCAGUUAGCCCCGGGGUUCUCCCCCAACAGCCCGAAGCUAGGAGGAUGCUCGGCAGAAUGGAGAGAGGAUGCACUCCUCAGGCUCCCCACAGUGGGGCCCAGGGCUGUUCCUCCAGGGCUGAGCCCUCAAGGGCGCUGUCCUGAACCAAGACGGGGCUUAUCAGCAUCACCUAAUCCCAAGGAGACACUGAUGCCUUGCUAGAACGGACCUUGGCUGUGAUUGACACCAGGCCGUUGUGGCCUCCGCUCUGGCGCUUGACAGGUGAUCAUGAAGCUUCAUGAAACCAUAAUGGACAUGGAUAUGGCCGAUUAUAGCGUGCCCCUGGACUCUUCGUACACUAUGUUAGAGUUUGAGAACCUGCGGGUGCUCCCCACAAGCUCAGGGCACAGAGACUCAGGCCUAGGUCCCCCAGAGGCCACAUCACCAGAGUCCAACCAAGCCAGCUUGCUGACUAAUGGAAUUAAUUCUCUCUGUUCCAUCUGUGGAGAUCGUGCUACGGGAAAACACUAUGGAGCUUCCAGCUGUGAUGGGUGCAAAGGAUUCUUCAGAAGGAGUGUCCGCAAGAACCAUGUCUAUUCUUGCAGGUUUAACAGACAGUGCGUUAUUGACAAAGACAAGAGGAAUCAAUGCAGGUAUUGUCGAUUGAGGAAAUGUUUUAGAGCAGGAAUGAAGAAAGAAGCCGUACAGAAUGAACGGGAUCGGAUAAGUAUUCGAAGGAACAGCUAUGAAGACAGUGGGUCCCUGUCAAUUUCCAUCCUGACCCAGGCAGAAGUGAUGGCAACCCAGUACUCCUCAAUAAGCCCCAUGAAUGGAAGUGAUGUGGCCACUAAAAAGGUGGCCACCAUGAGCGACGUGUGCGAGUCCAUAAAGCAGCAGCUGUUGAUUCUGGUUGAAUGGGCCAAAUACAUCCCAGUGUUCUGUGAACUCCCACUGGAUGACCAGGUGGCAUUAUUAAGAGCCCAUGCUGGGGAACACCUUCUUCUUGGAGUAGCCAAACGAUCGAUUCCCUAUACAGAUUUCCUACUUUUAGGAAAUGAUUUCAUUAUUCCUAUGCACUGCCCAGAACUGGAAAUUGCCCGAGUUGCUAUAAGAAUACUGGAUGAGUUGGUCAAACCCUUGAGAGAAAUCCAGAUCGAUGACAAUGAGUACGCUUGUCUUAAAGCUAUUAUAUUCUUUGAUCCAGACUGCAAAGGCCUGAGCGACCCAGGCAAGGUAAAAAGGAUGCGCUUCCAGGUGCAGGUGAACCUGGAGGAUUACGUCACGGACCGACAGUACGACUCGCGGGGCCGCUUCAGCGACCUGCUCCUGCUGCUGCCCCCGCUGCAGAGCAUCACGUGGCAGAUGAUCGAACAGAUCCAGUUCGUGAAACUCUUCGGCAUGGCCCGCAUCGACAGCUUGCUGCAGGAAAUGCUCCUGGGAGGGAAUACCAUGGAAGUGCCCCAGUAUCAUUCUGGGAUGCCCAGCUUAAACCUAGAGCCGGUCCCAAGCCACAUCCUUCCCAGCAGCCUCAGUUCGGUGAUCCAGGCUGCCCCUGGACCAAGCCAGAGCUGCUCCUUUAAUGAAAGUCAUGCAUCUCCAAAUACAUCGGUCUCUUCUCCCAUGAGCCCUGGAAAUGAAGACUAUAAACUGGAUGCUGCUAGAGGAGCUGAGAUGCCCAUUCAACUUCUGCCCCAAGCCAUCAUACCUAAGCAAGAGACUUUAUAAGCCACUGAAGCAAAGAGACUAGAGAGUCCCCUAGGAAGUCAGCUAUAAACCAGUCUCCUUACCUUUCCAGAUGUGAGUCACCAAGAUGGCCCCAAUUCAACAGCUUGUCCAGAUUUCAGGGGCAGGGGAUUCCAAUUGCUGCAUCCAGUUGGCUAUUCAGUUCGUAACCGAAUUGAUUUUCCAGUGCCUCUUUCCUUCUUGAAAAUACAAGAAGAAUGCCAAAUUUUGGAGAUACUUUAAAGUAAAUGCCUCCAACAGCUGUCCAACAGAACUGAAGAAUCACUAUGAUCUAACUCCAUUUGGCUGGAUUGAAACCUCUAGCUCCUAUGAACAAAACACAAAGCAUUGUGGAUCCAACUAAUUUAUGUCUUUGGUUUAAGAUUUUUUUUCUCUCUGGAGGCAGAACAUAAACUCUAUACA